UUCUUCCUCCCCUCUCUCUCUCUCUCUCUCUCUCUCCUCUCAGCUCCAAAUUCUAGGGUCUCAAAAUUCACAUUCGAAUUUCCACAAAUUGACCAUCAGAUCUUAAACCCUAAACCCACUCAAACCCUCGCUCUCCUUUUUCGUGUCUUCUUCUCCCUCGAGGAUUAAAAGGAAUCAAUAAUAAUAAUCACCAUUUUUUUUCUUCUGGAUUUCCCUCGUAAUCUGUGGCAUCUUCUUCGAGGGGGGGUUUCGUCGAAUCUCUCGUUAAUUGACUUCGCAAUGGAUGUUUCUGGAGGGUUUUCGUCGAUUCCCAGAUCCGACUUAAAGAUCGGAGGCAAUGAAUUGGAUGAAAAGGACAACGAAAGGCAGAGUCUUGGCACGAGUGAUAACAAGACUCAACUGUUGUGUUCUUCCAUCAAGACAGAUGUUGAUUGCGACAAGGGAGCUUCGGUUUCAAGCUGUCUGAACGAUGAUUUAUCCUCCUCGGUCUCCUCCUCCUCAAGGAGAGGCGAUAAACCUGGUUCUUCUUCAGAGUGUGGGAGCUCCAGUGUUGUUCCUGUCGAGGGAAACAACGAUCCGAUGAAGCUGUGGAAAGCGAUGAAACAAAACGGGUUUCUCUCUAACCCGCACGGAGGCGGGGUUUCGGUGUCGAGCAGCUGCGUCGUCUCGUCUUCUCACGGAGGGAUACCUGCUCCUCCUAGGAAACGCGGUAGGAGAAGCAAGAGUAGUAUUGACGCUGCUGCAGUGGCGGCGAAGAAGAGGAAGGUGGAGAUCGCGAGGAAAGAGGAAGCUGACAGGUUUGCUAGGCUGGCUGCUCCUAGUGGACUGCUCAAUGAGCUGAACCCUGGGAUUAUAAACCAUGUGAGGAACAAAAGGCAAGUGCUCUCCAUCAUCCAGAGCAUUGUCAAGUCUGAUAAAGACUCGUCGAUGAGGCGUAGUGAUGGUACAGUUGGGGGUUCCAGGAAGAACCUGGAAGAUGUUAACACUGAUGCCUCUAGAUAUGACAUGCCAGAAGAUAACUACCACGAGGAGAGAUGUGAGUUCAGUGAAGAUAACAAUGCAGCUGGUAAGUACUCGGAAAAUGCUAGUUCCUUGUCGAACGAGGACGCAGCGAGUUUGAACCAUGCUAGUGUUCUCACUGUCAAAGCGGCUACAGUAGCGUCUCAAUGGUUGGAACUGCUUCAUCAGGACAUCAAAUGCCGUGUUUCAGCUCUUCGCCGUAGCAAGAAGAGGGUUCGAGCAGUUGUGACCACAGAGCUACCUUUCUUAAUAAGUAAAGAGUUCCCAGCUGAUCAAGAGAAUGAUCCAAAUGGAGCUUCGAGGUCUUCCACGGUGGAUAACCACAAGAACAGAUGGAUGUCGCUGUUUAACCAACUCGAACAAACGCUAUCAGAAGAAGAAAAACAACUGGAGAACUGGUUAAACCAAGUGAGAGAGCUGCAGUCACAUUGCGACCGUGGUCUACAUAACUUGAGCUUGAGUUCUGGUCAGAACUUCUUGCAGUUAGGAAUGCCAUCGCACUCUAGAGCUGCGGAUGCACUGCUCUCAGAUAAGGACUUCGUAGUUAGAGCAGCCGCAGCCUCCAUAUACUCGACCUGCAACUUUCUAGCAUCAAAGGAGAAUAUAGCCUUUACCUGAUGAAGAACUCCUUUAAGCUUCUGACCAGUUUCUGAUUUAAGCUUUUUAGUUAACAACUUUUUGUCAGUUAGCUUUCGUAGCAGAGUUUUUCUUUUAUGUGCAUUUGUAACACUAGUAGCAUUGCUCAUCGCCCUUGUCUUUUUCUUCUUUUAUAGAUUUUUUUUUCUCUGAGUUAGUUAACACCUGAAAGUUAUAAACAUCUCGUUUGAUUAGUAAAAUAUUAUUAAUAGUUAUGGUAUCAUGA